AUGGCCAUUAAUCAUCUGCCUCCUAGCCUCCAUUUCUCUCAGGGACCCAAGCCAGCUGUUGGCCAUUCCUGCUUUUCUCUGGGUACAAAGCCCUGCUUCCUAAGUGCCUUCCCUGUGGAGGACCUUGGCCGUGCCCCUCAGGCUGAGCUGCCCUAUUCUCCCACCUCCCCCCAGUCCUGGCUCGGCGAUGUGGAACGGACCAUGAGGGUGACCCUGCGGGACCUUCUCCGGAACUGCCGCCUGGCCCUCAAGAAGUUCCUCAACAAGAGGGACAAAUGGGUGAAGGAGUGGGCUGGCCAGGUGGUGAUCACUGCCAGUCAGAUCCAGUGGACGGCUGAUGUCACCAAGUGCCUGCUGACAGCGAAGGAGCGGGCAGACAAGAAAAUCCUCAAGGUCAUGAAGAAGAAGCAGGUGUCAAUCCUGAAUAAGUAUUCAGAAGCCAUCAGGGGGAACUUGACCAAGAUCAUGCGGCUGAAAAUUGUGGCUCUGGUGACGAUAGAAAUUCAUGCCCGGGAUGUGCUGGAGAAGCUUUACAAGAGUGGCCUCAUGGAUGUCAAUUCCUUUGACUGGCUCAGCCAACUUCGGUUCUACUGGGAGAAGGAUCUUGAUGACUGUAUGAUCCGCCAGACCAACACGCAAUUUCAGUAUAGUUAUGAGUACCUGGGUAACUCGGGCCGGCUUGUCAUCACUCCCCUGACGGACAGGUGUUACAUGACACUGACCACGGCAUUGCACCUGCACCGAGGGGGCUCCCCCAAAGGCCCUGCAGGCACGGGCAAGACUGAGACCGUCAAGGACCUGGGCAAGGCCCUAGGCGUAUAUGUCAUUGUGGUCAACUGCUCUGAGGGCCUGGACUACAAGUCCAUGGGCCGAAUGUACUCAGGUCUGGCCCAGACUGGAGCCUGGGGCUGCUUUGAUGAGUUUAACCGCAUCAAUAUCGAGGUGCUGUCAGUGGUGGCUCAGCAGAUCCUGUCCAUCCUAUCUGCCCUGGCUGCUGGUCUCACCCGUUUCCAUUUUGAUGGCUUUGAAAUAAAUCUGGUGUGGUCCUGUGGGAUCUUCAUUACCAUGAAUCCUGGCUAUGCUGGCCGCACAGAGCUUCCCGAAAAUCUUAAAUCCAUGUUCCGCCCAAUUGCCAUGGUGGUGCCUGACUCCACCCUCAUUGCAGAAAUCAUUCUCUUUGGAGAGGGCUUUGGCAACUGCAAGAUUCUGGCCAAGAAGGUGUACACACUCUACUCACUGGCCGUGCAGCAACUGUCCAGACAGGACCACUAUGACUUUGGCCUGCGUGCCCUCACCUCCCUUCUGCGCUAUGCUGGCAAGAAGCGCCGCCUACAGCCAGAUCUGACUGAUGAAGAGGUUCUGCUGCUCUCAAUGAGAGAUAUGAACAUCGCCAAGCUCACUUCAGUUGAUGCACCCCUGUUCAAUGCCAUCGUGCAAGAUCUGUUUCCCAACACUGAGCUGCCUGUCAUUGACUAUGGCAAGCUGCGGGAGACCGUUGAGCAGGAGAUUCGAGACAUGGACCUGCAAAGCACGCCGUUCACCCUCACCAAAGUUUUCCAGCUGUAUGAAACCAAGAACUCCCGCCACUCCACCAUGAUUGUGGGCUGCACCGGCAGCGGCAAGACUGCCUCAUGGCGCAUCCUGCAGGCCUCCCUGUCCUCUCUGUGCCGCGCCGGAGACCCUAACUUCAACAUUGUUAGAGAGUUUCCUUUGAACCCCAAGGCAUUGUCCCUAGGGGAACUGUAUGGGGAAUAUGACCUCAGCACCAAUGAAUGGACAGAUGGCAUCUUGUCCAGUGUCAUGCGGACGGCAUGUGCAGAUGAGAAACCCGACGAGAAGUGGAUCCUGUUCGAUGGCCCCGUGGACACGCUGUGGAUCGAGAGCAUGAACUCCGUCAUGGAUGAUAACAAGGUGUUGACCCUCAUCAACGGCGAGCGCAUCGCGAUGCCCGAGCAGGUGUCUCUCCUGUUCGAAGUGGAGAACCUAGCAGUGGCCUCUCCGGCCACCGUAUCCCGCUGCGGCAUGGUCUACACUGACUACGCUGACCUGGGCUGGAAGCCCUAUGUUCAGUCGUGGCUGAAGAAGAGGCCAAAGGCUGAGGUGGAGCCCCUUCAACGCAUGUUCGAAAAGCUCAUCAACAAGAUGCUGGCCUUUAAGAAGGACAACUGCAAGGAGCUGGUGCCCCUGCCCGAGUACAGCGGUAUCACCUCCCUCUGCAAGCUGUACUCCGCCCUGGCCACGCCAGAGAACGGGGUGAACCCAGCUGACGGCGAGAACUAUGUCACCAUGGUAGAGAUGACAUUUGUGUUCAGCAUGAUCUGGUCUGUGUGUGCCUCUGUGGAUGAGGAGGGCCGCAAGAGGAUCGACAGCUACCUCCGAGAGAUCGAGGGCUCCUUUCCCAAUAAGGACACCGUAUACGAGUAUUUUGUGGACCCCAAAAUACGGAGUUGGACAUCAUUUGAGGACAAGCUCCCUAAGAGUUGGCGCUACCCUCCAAACUCCCCCUUCUAUAAGAUCAUGGUGCCCACCGUAGACACUGUUCGCUACAACUACCUGGUCAGCACCUUGGUGGCCAACCAGAAUCCUGUUCUGCUGGUGGGUCCCAUGGGGACUGGGAAGACCUCCAUCGCCCAGAGCGUUCUGCAGUCCCUGCCCUCCAGCCAGUGGUCGGUGCUCAUUGUCAACAUGUCCGCACAGACCACAUCCAAUAACGUGCAGAGCAUCAUUGAGAGCAGGGUUGAGAAGCGAACCAAGGGUGUCUACGUGCCAUUCGGGGGCAAAAGCAUGAUCACCUUUAUGGAUGACCUAAAUAUGCCGGCUAAGGACAUGUUUGGGUCCCAGCCACCCCUGGAGCUGAUCCGCCUCUGGAUUGACUAUGGCUUCUGGUAUGACCGUGCGAAGCAGACCAUCAAGUACAUUCGAGAAAUGUUCCUGAUGGCUGCCAUGGGCCCCCCUGGGGGUGGACGGACUGUCAUCUCCCCAAGGCUACAGAGUCGCUUCAACAUUAUCAACAUGACCUUCCCCACAGAGUCCCAGAUCAUCCGCAUAUUCGGCACCAUGAUCAAUCAGAAGCUUCAGGACUUUGAGGAAGAGGUGAAGCCCAUUGGGAACGUGGUGACAGAGGCCACCCUGGACGUGUACAACACCGUGGUACAGCGCUUCCUGCCCACGCCCACCAAGAUCCAUUACCUCUUCAACCUUCGAGACAUCUCCAAGGUGUUCCAGGGCAUGCUUAGAGCCAACAAGGACUUCCAUGAUACCAAGUCCAGCAUCACACGGCUCUGGAUCCAUGAAUGUUUCAGAGUCUUCUCUGACCGGCUGGUUGAUGCGGCAGACACAGAAGCCUUCAUGGGCAUCAUAAGCGACAAGCUCGGCUCCUUCUUUGACCUCACGUUUCAUCAUCUCUGUCCCAGCAAGCGUCCUCCUAUCUUUGGGGAUUUCCUGAAGGAGCCCAAGGUGUAUGAAGACCUCACAGAUCUGACAGUGCUGAAGACAGUCAUGGAGACGGCUCUAAAUGAGUAUAACCUGUCACCCUCUGUCGUGCCCAUGCAGCUAGUGCUCUUCCGAGAGGCUAUUGAACACAUCACACGGAUCGUGCGGGUCAUUGGACAGCCUCGGGGCAACAUGCUCCUGGUGGGCAUCGGGGGCAGCGGACGCCAGAGUCUGGCCCGCCUGGCUUCAUCCAUCUGCGACUACACCACCUUCCAGAUCGAGGUCACCAAACAUUAUCGGAAGCAGGAGUUCCGAGACGAUAUCAAGCGUCUGUAUCGCCAGGCUGGGGUGGAGCUCAAGACCACGUCCUUCCUUUUUGUGGACACCCAAAUAGCUGAUGAGUCCUUCCUAGAGGACAUCAACAACAUCCUUAGCUCAGGCGAGGUGCCCAAUCUCUACAAGCCUGAUGAAUUCGAAGAGAUCCAGUCUCAUAUCAUAGACCAGGCCCGGGCGGAGCAGGUGCCUGAGUCAUCGGACAGCCUCUUCACCUACCUCAUCGAACGCGUGCGAAACAACCUGCACAUCGUGCUCUGCCUCAGCCCCGUGGGGGAUCCCUUCAGGAACUGGAUCCGCCAGUACCCAGCCUUGGUGAACUGCACAACCAUCAACUGGUUCUCAGAGUGGCCCCAAGAGGCCCUGCUCGAGGUGGCUGAGAAGUACCUCAUAGGAGUAGACCUGGGAACUCAGGAGAAUAUCCACAGGAAGGUGGCCCAGAUCUUCGUCACUAUGCACUGGUCAGUAGCUCAGUAUUCCCAGAAGAUGCUGUUGGAACUGCGGAGACACAACUACGUCACACCCACCAACUACCUGGAACUCGUGUCUGGAUAUAAGAAGUUGCUGGGAGAAAAACGGCAGGAGCUGCUGGACCAAGCCAAUAAACUGCGGACAGGCUUGUUCAAGAUCGACGAAACUAGGGAAAAGGUGCAAGUGAUGUCAUUGGAGCUGGAGGAUGCCAAGAAGAAGGUGGCUGAGUUCCAGAAGCAGUGUGAGGAGUACCUGGUCAUCAUUGUGCAGCAGAAGCGGGAGGCAGAUGAGCAGCAGAAGGCCGUAACAGCCAACAGUGAAAAGAUUGCAGUUGAGGAAAUCAAGUGUCAGGCACUGGCUGACAAUGCCCAGAAAGACCUAGAAGAGGCACUGCCCGCCCUGGAAGAGGCCAUGCGGGCCCUGGAGUCUCUGAACAAGAAGGAUAUAGGAGAGAUCAAGUCUUAUGGACGGCCCCCAGCCCAAGUGGAGAUAGUGAUGCAGGCAGUUAUGAUUCUUCGAGGCAACGAGCCCACAUGGGCAGAGGCCAAGAGGCAGCUAGGGGAACAGAACUUCAUCAAGUCACUGAUCAACUUUGAUAAAGACAAUAUCUCAGAUAAGGUUCUGAAGAAGAUCGGGGCCUACUGCGCCCAGCCUGACUUCCAGCCUGACAUCAUCGGCCGCGUCUCCCUGGCUGCCAAGUCCCUCUGCAUGUGGGUGCGGGCCAUGGAGCUGUAUGGGCGGCUGUAUCGGGUGGUGGAGCCCAAGCGGAUCCGGAUGAAUGCUGCCUUGGCUCAGCUUCGGGAGAAGCAAGCCGCGCUCGCUGAGGCCCAGGAGAAGCUGCGGGAGGUAGCUGAGAAACUGGAGAUGCUAAAGAAACAGUAUGACGAGAAGCUGGCACAGAAGGAGGAGCUUCACAAGAAGUCUGAAGAGAUGGAGCUGAAGCUGGAGCGAGCCGGGAUGCUGGUGUCGGGAUUGGCUGGCGAGAAGGCCAGAUGGGAAGAGACAGUCCAGGGCCUGGAGGAGGACCUGGGCUAUCUGGUGGGGGACUGUCUCCUGGCAGCUGCCUUCCUGUCCUACAUGGGACCCUUCCUGACCAACUACCGGGAUGAGAUUGUCAACCAAAUCUGGAUCAGGAAGAUCUGGGAGCUUCAGGUUCCUUGCUCCCCUUCCUUUGCCAUUGAUAACUUCCUGUCCAAUCCUACCAAAGUCCGGGACUGGAACAUCCAAGGGUUGCCCUCAGACGCCUUCUCCACUGAGAAUGGCAUCAUCGUCACCCGAGGCAACAGGUGGGCACUGAUGAUCGACCCUCAGGCGCAGGCCCUGAAAUGGAUUAAGAACAUGGAAGGAGGCCAGGGCCUGAAGAUCAUUGACCUGCAGAUGAGCGAUUACCUGCGAAUCCUAGAAAAUGCCAUUCAGUUUGGAUACCCGGUGCUACUUCAGAAUGUGCAGGAAUAUCUGGACCCCACACUGAACCCCGUGCUCAAUAAAUCUGUGGCCCGAAUCGGUGGUCGGCUGUUGAUGCACAUUGGCGAUAAGGAGGUGGAAUACAAUAACAAUUUCCGUUUCUACAUCACCACCAAGCUCUCCAACCCCCACUACAGCCCAGAGACCUCAGCGAAGACCACCAUUGUCAACUUUGCUGUUAAAGAACAGGGCCUGGAGGCCCAGCUGCUGGGCAUUGUGGUGCGGAAGGAGCGGCCUGAGCUGGAGGAGCAGAAGGACUCACUGGUCAUCAACAUCGCGGCUGGCAAGAGAAAGCUCAAGGAGCUGGAGGAUGAGAUCCUGCGGCUGCUGAAUGAGGCCACCGGCUCCCUGCUGGAUGACGUGCAGCUGGUGAACACACUGCAGACCUCCAAGAUCACAGCCACAGAGGUGACUGAGCAGCUGGAGACCAGUGAGACCACAGAGAUCAACAUUGACUUGGCGCGGGAGGCUUACCGCCCGUGCGCCCAGCGGGCAUCAAUCCUGUUCUUCGUGCUCAAUGAUAUGGGCUGCAUCGACCCCAUGUACCAGUUCUCACUGGAUGCCUACAUCAGCCUCUUCAUCCUCAGCAUCGACAAGAGCCACCGCAGCAAUAAGCUGGAGGACCGCAUUGACUACCUGAACGACUACCACACCUAUGCUGUCUACAGGUACACCUGCCGUACCCUUUUUGAACGCCACAAACUACUAUUCAGUUUUCAUAUGUGUGCCAAAAUCUUGGAGACUUCUGGCAAACUCAACAUGGAUGAAUACAACUUCUUUCUACGUGGGGGUGUGGUCUUAGAUCGGGAGGGCCAAAUGGACAAUCCAUGUACUAGCUGGCUUGCAGAUGCCUACUGGGAUAACAUCACAGAGCUAGACAAACUGACCAACUUCCAUGGACUCAUGAACUCCUUUGAGCAGUAUCCUCGUGACUGGCACCUGUGGUAUACCAGUGCUGCCCCAGAGAAGGCGAUGCUGCCAGGUGAGUGGGAAAAUGCCUGCAAUGAAAUGCAACGGAUGCUGAUCGUCCGCUCCCUGCGCCAGGACCGCGUGGCCUUCUGCGUGACCUCCUUCAUCGUCACCAACCUUGGCUCCCGCUUCAUCGAGCCGCCUGUGCUGAAUAUGAAGUUGGUGAUGGAGGAUUCAACCCCACGAUCCCCACUCGUGUUCAUCCUGUCCCCUGGUGUGGACCCCACCAGCGCCCUGCUGCAGCUGGCAGAGCAUAUGGGCAUGGCCCAGCGCUUCCACGCCCUGUCCCUGGGCCAGGGCCAGGCCCCCAUCGCUGCUCGGCUCCUUCGAGAGGGUGUGACUCAGGGACAUUGGGUGUUCCUGGCAAACUGCCACCUCUCACUGUCUUGGAUGCCUAAUCUGGACAAGCUGGUGGAGCAGCUGCAGGUGGAGGAUCCUCAUCCAUCCUUCCGCCUCUGGCUCAGCUCCAGCCCCCACCCAGACUUCCCUAUCUCAACCUUGCAGGUCAGCGUCAAGAUGACCACAGAGCCACCAAAGGGCCUAAAGGCCAACAUGACACGUCUUUACCAACUGAUGUCAGAACCACAGUUUUCCCGCUGCUCCAAACCUGCCAAAUAUAAGAAGCUGCUAUUUUCACUCUGUUUCUUUCACUCUGUAUUACUUGAACGCAAAAAGUUCCUGCAGCUUGGCUGGAACAUCAUCUAUGGCUUCAAUGACUCUGACUUUGAGGUGUCAGAAAACUUGCUGAGCCUCUAUCUGGAUGAGUACGAGGAGACACCUUGGGACGCACUUAAGUACCUCAUUGCCGGCAUCAACUAUGGUGGACAUGUCACAGAUGACUGGGACCGGCGCCUGCUGACCACUUACAUCAAUGAUUAUUUCUGUGACCAGUCUCUAUCAACUCCCUUCUACCGGUUGUCAGCACUGGAGACUUAUUUCAUCCCCAAGGAUGGGAGCCUGGGUUCUUACAAGGAAUACAUCAGCUUAUUGCCUGGCAUGGACCCCCCUGAGGCCUUUGGCCAGCACCCCAAUGCUGAUGUGGCCUCUCAGAUCGCUGAGGCACGAACCCUCUUUGAUACUUUGCUUUCCUUGCAACCUCAGAUUACACCCACCAGGGCUGGAGGCCAGACCCGGGAAGAGAAGGUCCUUGAGUUGGCCGCUGAUGUGAAGCAGAAGAUCCCUGAAAUGAUCGACUAUGAGGGGACUCGAAAACUGCUAGCUCUCGACCCCUCCCCCCUCAAUGUGGUCCUUCUGCAGGAGAUCCAGAGAUACAACACACUGAUGCAGACCAUCCUGUUCUCACUGACAGACCUAGAGAAAGGCAUCCAGGGCCUCAUUGUCAUGUCUACAAGCCUGGAAGAGAUUUUCAAUUGCAUCUUUGAUGCCCACGUUCCUCCACUCUGGGGAAAGGCAUACCCCUCACAAAAGCCAUUGGCUGCUUGGACCCGGGACUUGGCCAUGCGUGUGGAGCAGUUUGAGCUGUGGGCCAGCCGGGCCCGGCCUCCUGUGAUCUUCUGGUUGUCUGGUUUCACCUUUCCCACUGGCUUCCUCACUGCUGUGCUGCAGUCUUCAGCUCGCCAAAACAACGUUUCAGUGGACAGCCUCUCCUGGGAGUUUAUCGUUUCCACUGUGGAUGACAGCAACCUAGUGUAUCCCCCCAAGGAUGGUGUCUGGGUCCGGGGCCUGUACCUGGAAGGUGCUGGCUGGGACCGGAAGAACUCCUGCUUGGUGGAGGCAGAGCCCAUGCAGCUUGUCUGUCUCAUGCCCACGAUCCACUUCCGGCCUGCAGAGAGCCGCAAGAAGAGCGCCAAGGGCAUGUACUCCUGCCCCUGUUAUUACUAUCCCAACCGGGCAGGCAGCUCAGACCGAGCCUCCUUUGUCAUCGGCAUUGACCUGCGGUCUGGGGCCAUGACAUCUGAUCAUUGGAUCAAGAGGGGCACUGCUCUACUCAUGAGCCUGGACAGCUGAGACCUCCUCCUCUUCUCCGCUUGAGAGAGAGGGUCAGGGACUCCAGGAGCUAAGACAGAUGUUGCACCUAGGACUGAGGCUGGACCUCACUCAGACUUUGACCUUGGCCGAAUUUGUGUGAUGUGGCCCUGGAGAUACCUAGUUGUGUUAGCCAUAAAAGUGGAAGAGUUGUAUUGGAGCUCAGUUCUGUAAAACACCCGCGACAACAAGC